AUGAUGUUUAUUAUAAAAAGUAAUUUGAAAAUUACAUUAUUUCAUAACAAACACCUUAAAAAAUACAAAACAAUUGGAUGUUACUGUUAUUCUGUAGACUUUAAACAUGGAGAAAAUCAAAUAUUACCAAAAAAAUAUGAACCUAAAAUAGUUGAAAAGUCCAAAAAUACUGUAUUUCCCAAUUUAAACAGUUUAAAUCAUAAUUCUGAAAAUCGAAAGACUUUUUCUAUCAUAUUGCCACCACCAAACAUCACUGGAUCUUUGCAUUUGGGCCAUGCCCUUACAGCCACUAUACAGGAUAUUAUUGUUCGAUGGCACAGGAUGAACGGCGUUGAUGUAGUAUGGGUACCAGGUACUGACCAUGCUGGUAUUGCCACCCAAGUAGUUGUAGAAAAAAAGUUAUUUGCUGAAAAAAAUGUUAAUAGACAUGAUAUUGGUAGGAAAGCUUUUAACCAAGAAGUGAUAAAAUGGAAAGAGAGCAAAAUUUCAAUUAUUAGAAAUCAAUUAAAAAAUCUUGGUGUAACAUUAGAUUGGAACAGAGAGACAUUCACAAUGGAUGAAAAACAAAACAGAGCUGUCAAUGAAGCUAUUAUACGGUUAUUUGACAGUAAACUUCUAUACCGAAAAUAUUCAUUAGUCAAUUGGUGUUGUUCUUUACAAUCUACAGUUUCUGAUAUAGAAAUAAAUUAUAAAGAAAUUUCGGGAAGGACUUAUAUUAGCUUACCAGGAAAUAAUAGACCCGUAGAGUUUGGUAUCCUCACUGACAUAGCUUACAAAUUUCACAAUUCUGAUCAAGAAAUUGUUGUAUCAACGACUAGACCAGAGACUUUGCUUGGAGACGUAGCAGUUGCUGUAAACCCUAACGAUGUUAGAUAUAAAGGACUUAAUGAUGUUAAAUUAUGGCAUCCUUUUAGAAAAUGCACUAUACCUAUAAUUUAUGAUCAUUCUGUUGACAAAAAUUUUGGAACAGGGGCAGUUAAGUUGACUCCUGCCCAUGAUAUUUUUGAUUUUGAAUUAGCUGACAAACAUGAUCUUCCUAUUAUCAAUGUUAUUGACGAAUCUGGAAAUAUUAACUGUGAAUAUGAUGAAUUUAAUGGUCUACCAAGAUAUGAAGCUAGAACUGCUAUAGUUCAAAAAUUAAAACAAUUAAAUUUAUUAAGAGACUCAAAAGAACACAAAAUGUCAAUACCUAUAUGUAGUCGCACUGGUGAUGUAAUUGAACAUCUACCAAAACUUCAAUGGUUUAUUAAUUGUAAAGAAAUGGCUCAAAAAGCAUCUGAAUCAUUAAGAAAUGGUAAAUUGACUAUUGAACCGGCUCAUUAUCAGAAUCAAUGGUUUUUAUGGCUUGAUAAUUCUAAAGAUUGGUGUGUAUCUAGGCAACUGUGGUGGGGUCAUAGAUUGCCAUUAUUUGAAACUAAAUAUGGUUGGAUUUCUGCACAUAAUACAGAUGAAGCUAUUAAGAAAAUUGGAGCUAAAAUUAAAUUAUCGGAAAAAGAAAUGGCCAAUUUGGAUAUUCGUCAAGAAGAAGAUGUAUUAGAUACUUGGUUUUCCUCGGCAUUGCUACCGUUCUCUUCAUUUGGUUGGCCUGAUAAGACGCAAGAUUUAAUGAAAUACUACCCUUUGAGUGUUAUGGAAACUGGACAUGAUAUUCUAACAUUUUGGAUUGCCAGAAUGGUGAUGCUAGGAAUAUUUUUAACAGGAUCACUUCCUUUUAAAAAUGUGAUUUUACAUGGUAUGAUAUGUGAUAGUCAUGGUAGAAAAAUGUCCAAAAGUUUAGGAAAUGUUGUAGAUCCUGAAGAUAUCAUAAAUGGAAUUUCAUUAGAGGAUUUACAAAACAAAGUUAAAGCUAAUGCUAAAUCUGGUACAAUAUCAUAUGAUGAAUUAGAAAAGACCUUGGUAAGACAAAAAAAACUAUUUCCAGAUGGUAUUAAAGAGUGUGGUACAGAUUCCCUAAGACUAACUCUUGUUUCACAAAAUAUCAAAAAUCAAGUAAUUAGUUUUGAUGUGAAUGAAUGUUAUCAUAAUCGCAUGUUUUGUAAUAAAAUAUGGCAAGCUACAAGAUUUGUUUUAAUGUGGGCGAAUGAAAAAAAAGUUCAUGAUUAUACAUCACCAAAUCCCAGUAAUAUGACUCAAUUUUGGAUAUUAAGUCGUUUGGGAGAUUGUGUUAAUAAAAUGAAUAACUCAUUCCAAAAUUAUGAUAUUUACAUCGCUACUAAUAAAUUAAGACAAUUUUUUUACAAUGAGUUCUGUGAUGUUUUUUUGGAAACAUGUAAACCUAUAUUUGAAAAUGGUACAGACGAAGAGAUUCAAACAACUUGUAAAGUGUUAUUAUAUGUUUUGGAUACAUCUCUUAGGCUCAUGAAUCCACUUAUGCCUUUUUUGUCAGAAACCCUUUAUUAUGCUUUACCUGGAAAAAAUAAAACACCAAUAGCAUUUACUAAAUUUCCAGAACCAAUUGAAUAUAUGCGAUGGCUUAAUGAACAGCUAGAUGCUGAUAUGAAAACAGUAAAAGAUAUAGUUACAGCAAUACGUAGAAUUCGAUCAAUAAAUAAUUUUAGCAAAAAUCAAUCUGAAAUUAUACUACAUUCAAAAUGUCAUAAAUUAUUAACUAAAUAUGAAGAUAUUAUUCAACAUUUAUCAGGAUCAACUUUGUGUUUUGUAGAAGAAAAUUCUAAUUUAAAGUUGCAAUCUAUUUCUGAUAUAGUUGGUGAUCAUACUGAAAUUCAUCUUCUUUUAAAGGGUGGAAGUUUAGAAUACAAGAAAUACUAUAGUAUUUUAAAUUCAAGACGUCAACGUUUACAAAAGCAAGUAAUAAAAAUUGAAAAAUCACUUAAAAAGUUACAAAAUAGUCCAGACAAUUCGAAAGUAACACGAGAAGAUAAGAUGCAUUCAUUAAUUGAAGAAAUAAAUAGAAUUAGCACGUACAUGAAAACUAUUAAAGACAAAGAAUUAGUUACCGAUUAAACAGUUUUAAUAUUGAAUAACAUUCAAUAAAAUAAUGUAUAGUCUGUGUAAAAAAUAGACUGAAUAGAUUUUAUCUAACAUUUUGCCAAGAUGGAAGGCUGUAAAAUUUAUGUUUUUAAA